UCGGCGGCUCUCGUGCCCGGCCACUUUCCCUGCGCGAUUCCCUGAGCUCCCUGCAGGAGGAGAAAGUCUCCGGCGGGUCGGGAUGGCGUAGUUGCGCCGCGGCGCAGCAGCUGCCGGAGCUCGCGGCCGCCGGGCGCUGGGCGGGGAAACUUUGCUCUGCUUUCCUGCAACUUGUGGCGGGUGGAUCUCCGUCUGACACACUGCCUCCGAGGCAAUUUGAAAAUUGGAAAGAAAGAUUUUAAAGCCACUUUUGAUUUGCACCGAUUGUCUAUAAUCUGAAGAACUACAGGCUGAGGUGACUGAAUGGGACACACUUUUGGAGAAAUAAAAAUGACUUCUCAUUGUGUGAUUGUCAUGUUUGCCUUAAUGAGUUCCUGCUUAGCAACUGCAGGUCCAGAGCCUGGUGCCUGGUGUGAACUGUCGCCCGUCAAUGCCUCCCAUCCGGUCCAGGCCUUGAUGGAGAGCUUCACCGCCUUGUCGGGAUGUGCCAGUAGGGGCACAGUGGGGCUGCCUCAGGAGGUUCAUGUCCUGAACCUCCGCGCUGCUGACCAGGGGCCUGGCCAGCCGCAGAGAGAGGUCACUCUGCACCUGAAUCCCAUCUCCUCAGUCCACAUUCACCACAAGCCUGUUGUGUUCCUGCUCAAUUCCCCCCAGCCUCUGGUUUGGCAUCUGAAGACAGAGAGACUGGCAGUUGGGGUCUCCAGACUUUUCUUGGUGUCUGAAGGUUCUCUGGUCCAUUUUUCAUCAAGAAACUUCUCCUUGUCAGCAGAAACAGAAGAAAGGAGCUUCCCCCAUGGAAACGAACAUCUGUUAAAUUGGGCCCGAAAGGAAUAUGGAGCGGUCACUUCAUUCACUGAACUCAAGAUAGCAAGAAACAUUUAUAUUAAAGUGGGGGAAGAUCAAGUGUUCCCUCCCAUGUGCAACAUAGGGAAGAAUUUUCUCUCCCUCAAUUAUCUUGCUGAGUACCUUCAGCCCAAAGCUGCAGAAGGGUGUGUGAUGUCCAACCAGCCCCAGGAUAAGGAAGUACAUAUCAUUGAGUUAAUCACCCCCAACUCUAACCCGUACAGUGCUUUCCAGGUGGAUAUCAUAAUUGACAUAAGACCUUCUCGGAAGGAUCCUGAGGUGGUCAAAAAUCUGAUCCUGAUCUUGAAAUGCAAAAAGUCUGUCAACUGGGUGAUCAAAUCUUUCGAUAUUAAGGGAAACCUGAAAGCUAUUGCUCCUAAUAGUAUUGGCUUUGGGAAAGAAAGUGAAAGAUCUAUGGUAAUGACCAAAUCAAAAAGAGAUGACAUUCCUUCAACCCAAGAGAGUCUGGUCAAGUGGGCUUUGGACAAUGGCUAUAGUCCAGUAACAUCAUACACGGUGGCUCCUAUGGCUAAUAGAUUCCAUCUUCGGCUUGAAAGCAGUGAGGAGAUGGGAGAUGAGGAGGUCCAUACCGUCCCUCCUGAGCUACGGAUCCUGCUAGGCCCUGGCACUCUGCCUGCCCUGGACAACCCACCCAUUCGGGGAGGGGGAAGCCGAAAUGGAGGUUUCCCUUUUCCCUUCCCUGACAUCUCCAGGAGAGGCCGGAAGGAAGGGGGAGAAGAUGGGAUCCCUCGGCCAAAGGACCCUGUCAUCCCUGGCAUCCACCUGUUCCCUGAUCCCAGAGAGCCAGAGGAGGUGCAGGGCAGCACAGAUGUUGCCCUGUCCGUCAAGUGUGACAAUGAGAAGAUGACUGUGGCUGUAGACAAAGAUUCUUUUCAGGCCAGCGGCUACUCUGGGAUGGAGCUCACCUUGUUGGAUCCCACCUGCAAGGCCAAGACAAAUAACACCCAUUUCAUUUUGGAGUCUCCCCUGAAUGGCUGCGGGACUCGGCUCCGGCGAGCAGCCCCUGAUGGUGUGGUUUACUACAACUCCAUUGUAAUUCAGGUUCCACCCUCUGGGGAUAGUAGUGGCUGGCCAGAUGGUUAUGAAGAUUUAGAGUCUGGUGAUAAUGGAUUUCCGGGAGACAUGGAUGAAGGGGACACUUCCUUCUUCAGCCGACUUGAAAUUGUGGUGUUUAAUUGUAGCCUACGACAGGUGGGGAAUCCCCGUAGCUUCCAGGAUGAACCCAACAGAAACGUCACCUUCAACAUGGAGCUGUACAACACUGACCUCUUUCUCGUGCCCUCCCAGGGGGUGUUCUCUGUGGCAGAGAAUGGACACGUUUAUGUUGAGGUGUCUGUUACCAAGGCCGACCAAGAACUGGGAUUUGCCAUCCAAACGUGCUUUAUCUCUCCGUAUUCAAACCCUGAUAGGAUGUCAGAUUAUACUAUCAUUGAGAACAUUUGUCCUAAAGAUGAAUCUGUGAAAUUCUACAAUCCCAAGAGGGUGCACUUUCCUAUCCCACAAGCCGAGAUAGAUAAGAAACGGUUCAGCUUUGUUUUUAAGCCUGUCUUCAAUACCUCCCUGCUCUUUCUCCAGUGUGAGCUCACGCUGUGUACCAAAAAGGAAAAGGACCCCCAGAAGCUACCCAAGUGUGUGCUUCCUGAUGAAGCCUGCACCUCACUGGAUGCCUCAAUGAUCUGGGCCAUGAUGCAGAAUAAGAAGACGUUCACCAGGCCCCUCGCUGUUAUCCACCACGAAGUACCAUUUAAAGAAACAGGUCCAAGUAUUAAGGAACCGAUUCCAAUUACUCCACAGAUUUUCCAUGGUCUGGACACCCUAACCGUGAUGGGCAUUGCGUUCGCAGCAUUUGUGAUUGGAGCACUGCUGACGGGGGCCUUGUGGUACAUCUAUUCUCACACAGGAGAGACAGCAGGAAGGCAGCAAGUGCCCACAUCCCCGCCAGCUUCAGAGAACAGCAGCGCAGCCCACAGCAUUGGCAGCACGCAGAGCACACCCUGCUCCAGCAGCAGCACGGCCUAGCCUGCCCCGCCCGCCAUCAAGGGCAGGCCUGGGGGCCCACACCUGUGUCCAGAUUCCAGGCUCAGAAGGCUCAACUGCGGUUCCCUUGUAAAGAGAGUGAAUUUCAGUAUAACCGUCACCUGUUGUGUUCACCCCCCACCCAGGGCUGACAUAAUCGGGCCCCCUGGACUUCUGUAACACACUAGAUUCAUGUGAGAAAGCUAAGGUGGUGGCCUUCUCCACCAGCCCCUCACAGGCUUAGGGGUUUUCAAUGUGAAACACAUGCCAGUUUUUUAAAUGCUGCUUUGUCCAGGUAAGAACAUCCAUAAUUUGAAGCCCUGCCUUUUACCCAGAUACAAGGAGUUGGUAAAAGGAAUAACCAGAUAGUAGAGCCAGUGAAGAGAUGUGGCCAAAGAUUAUUUUCUAACCGAACCAAGAUGUAAAACAAAAGAAAUGCUUCAGGACUUUCUAAGUGUGUUCCUCCAUGUCUACUUUGCACCUUCAGGAUGCACACUUCUUACCUUGCUGCCACACUUGUGGGACCGCUGUGUCAGCUUGAUGGGUGCUGCCCUCGUGGACUGCACCCCGACACACCUCAAGGCAACAUUCCUUCUUGUGCCCUGGGCCAAAACCAGUGCUGAAUUCCUUAUCAGCUUCCUCCUCCCCACGCUCACACACCAACUGCAAAAAUGUCUUAACACAAAGUUUGUAUUUCUUUAUAAGCAUAUAGAAAUUGAAAAUGGCCAAAAUCUGGGACUGCAGAUUCCUGCUCAUUUAAUGACACUGUGCUCUACUAAAUUAAUGUGUAAACAGGGGCAAAAUUCUCUUGUAAAAGCUGAGGAGGAAUUUGCACAGUGAUAUAUAUACCAGCGCAUGUAUAUUAUAUGUCAUUUGGCACUUUUGUUUUUUCAGUUGAAGAAGAGAAAAUUCACUCCCAUUUAGAAAAUGUCCUACACCUUCAGAGUUGUUUAUUCUUAAACAUUUUUGGGAGAAUUAGUGAUUCCAUGCAAAACAUGUCAGCCUUUUAGAAAGAUUCUUUUGUAAGCACCAAGCUCUUAUAAGUUGCAAACGUAUGGCAGAUUCUUUUGGUUUUCUGUUGGUUAUCUGAACACUGUCACCAAUUCUGCCAAGAAAGUGAUGAGAUUUGGAAAAAAGGCACUCAUUUGGAUGCUUUAGUUUUCUUGCCUUAAAUAUAUCACCAAACUCAAAAAGAAUUUGAGGUAAAUUUUAUUAAAAUGGAGUAUCAAUAAUAUGCCACUUUGCAGCUAAAAUAAGCUCAACUGAUACCUCUAUGUUAAAAAAACACACACACACACACAAAAACAAUGCCAGAGGAAAGCAUCCAUGCCAAAUCACUUACUACUGAAGAUUACUUGAUUGCCAGUAAAUAUUAUUGUUUUACCAGAAUUCUCCCAAACAGCUCAGAACUCUACAAAUAGAACAGGCUAGAUUCUACAUCUAAAAUACUCACAAGCAAAUCUAAAUGCUCUUAAAAUAAGGAAGCUGUGCCUGGUUCUCUGUGAAUAGAGCCUUAAGUAGGAAAUGUUGGUGUUGCCUGAGACUGGAAGGCAGUGUCUACAAGGCAAAUAGGUGGAGAUUGACAGUCAUUGUUACCCCACCAUAGAGUCCUGCUCUGAUUGAUUUCAUGGUUAUAAACAUUCAAUCAAGAUGAUUUUAACCAAAACAGAUUGAGGGCUAAGAUUUCCAGGCUAUCUACACUGACAAUUUUGCAGAUCUCUACAAAUAAAGAUAGAUUAGAAAAAAAAAAUUUGCCUUCAGUUAACUAUAUUUUUAACAUAAAGGUAUCAGCAUGGAGGACUUAGAUUACGCUACCUGUGUUUGAAAAUAAUGCGCUUUGCCUAACCUUCAGCAGAAUGUAUUGUUUUAGCAUAUUCUAUGUAUAAAAAAGUUUAAAGAUGUCUUCAAAGAAGACUAGAGUCUUUAAGUCACUUA